UGAAAUGUGAGCAAAGUUUCGACAAGGCCGGCGCAAACGCGUGCGAUAUGCCUCUGCGCGGUCACCACGCGCGCUUUGUUUCCCGGAGUGUGGCUUCACCCCAACGCCGAUCGAUGCAAGGUGUGUGCGUGCGCGCGGCGGUGGAGUGGAGCGGCCGCAGAAACCAGCGCAAUAAUUGAUGCCAGCCGUCGUGGCCCCUGUGGAUACCUCGCCAUGUCGGCGGUGUUGUGCAGCCUUCGAAAAGUGUCCGAUUUCUUAGCCUGUGACGCGAUGGUGCGGCCGUCGUGGUGCCCCGGAGACUCCGCGUUUGUUGUGGUUUCGACGUGCGUGCUGUCAUCGUCGUGGUCGCCGGCACCCGCCGACGCGGAGUUGUUGUGACAUGGGCGAGGGGGUCGCGCCGUCGCCUCUGCGGCGACGGUCGCUGCUCUGCCUGGCGUGCCUCUUCACGGUCGCCGACUCUCUUGUGACCUCCGUCAGGCCCGCGGAUAACCGGCGCGGCUUCGCGGUCUUCCGUGCCGCGCUUCUUCAGCCCCCCAACGAACCGCCGCCGUGGACUUACGACCUCCGCGUGCAGGACUUCGGUGCACGUCUGUUCGACGUCGACCGUCAUAGCGGAGCCGUCACGUUGCAAGACUCGGUGCAGUGCAGUUCUCUCUUGCAGAACCCCGUACCUGUGACAGUGCGCGCUAGGCGUCCGUGUUGUUCGACCGAGUGGACGACGUGGGUUCGAUUCGUGGAAUGCGAAAUCACCGACGACGCCUCGCCGGACACCGCGGAUACGGUGCGCGUAACACUGCAUCAGCUACAAGAGGCGUGCUUCGUGCGAAGCGAACCAAUCGUAAGAUUGGCGAGUCUUCUGCCCCGCCUCGGGAACUGCAGCCUCACGUACGGAUACUCGCCACCGACUCAAUGUUGUGCCAUAGAAAGGGUAGCCGGGGACCUGGUCGCCCACGCGGACUUCUGUGGUCCCGUAGGAGACACGGUCAUGACGACAUUGACGUCGCCCUGUGAAAACACCAGCUAUGACUUGGUGGUAGCCUUCGGGCGCCAUCGAAGCAGGCGUCACGCUCUCCAUUUCGAGAGGAACCUUUACAUUGCUUCAGUCCCUGAAGGGAAAGACCGUGGCUAUGUAGUAGAAACCAUGACAGCGUCAACCAGUGGCUCAUCAUCAUCUGAUUUGUCAUACUCGCUUCACGCUGUACUUGAUGCUAGAAGCCAAGCUAUGUUCAACAUUGAUCCCCUGUCGGGUGUCGUGACAACCACUGCAAUCCUGGACAGGGAGUUCAUGGACGUUCACUACUUAAGGGUGAUCGCCAUAGACGGCAGUUCCCACCCGACGGCAACAGCCAGUAGCACUUUGCAGGUGAACGUUCUUGAUGAGAAUGACCAUGCUCCAAUGUUUGAGCAGUCAACUUAUGAAACCUCAAUUCGGGAGUCCGUUCCAAUAGGCUACACUGUUGUCACAGUCAGAGCUACAGACCAAGACGCGGGUUCAAAUGCCAAUAUUGACUACUCGAUUGUUAAUCCAGAUGGCACAAACAGUGCGUUUGGAAUAGACUCUAAGAGUGGCAUCAUCACAACGCAGACAUCACUUGACAGGGAAUUGAUAUCUUUCUAUUCACUCAUAGUUCAGGCGAGCGACUCUGGUCCUGUCACUGAUCGGAAAUCGGCAUCGACAACUGUUGAAAUCACCGUACUUGAUGACAACGACAAUUACCCUCAGUUCUCAGAACGUUCGUAUUCGGUCAAGGUGUCCGAAGACAUCAACUGGUUAAAUCACCCUGAAAUUGCAAGAAUCCGGGCUGUAGAUGCCGAUGAAGGUGCAAACGCUGCUUUAAGGUACAGUCUUAUUGGUGGAAAUACUCAAGGUCACUUUGCUAUGGACAGCUUCACAGGAUCAGUGACUGUUCUGUCGCCCUUAGAUUAUGAGUCGGCCCGCAGCUAUCGCCUUGUCGUACGAGUUCAGGAUGGCGGGACACCUUCUCGGUCCAAUACUACUCAGCUACUGGUGAAUGUACUGGAUAUUAAUGACAAUGAUCCAAAGUUCUACACCUCCCUCUUUCACGAAACAGUUCCCGAAAAUGUACCGAUUAGUCACAGCAUAGUAAGGGUCCAAGCGUACGAUGCAGAUGAUGGGCCAAACGCCGAGAUCUCCUAUACCUUGUCUUCCGCUGAGCAUGCAGACUUGCCCAUGAGAAUCGACGAUAUCACUGGCUGGAUUGUGACGACACGCGAGCUUGACCGAGAGGAAAGUGCCAACUACAACUUCCAAGUGAUUGCCCGGGACCAUGGCUCUCCUGCACGAUCAGCCACGGCCACCAUUCUCCUGCGAGUGCAAGACGUGAAUGAUAAUGAUCCGGUGUUUGAACCACGUGUCUACGAAGCCACAGUUUCUGAGGCCGAUCCUCCUGGAACUCCUGUGGUCAGUGUUACGGCCACCGAUAGGGAUGAAAAUUCUCGCCUCGUCUAUCACAUUACCAGUGGAAACACAAGGGAUCGCUUUAGCAUUGUCAGCCAUAACAGGCAGGCCGUAGUGUCCAUAGCCCAACCUCUCGACUAUAAACUUGAGAAGCGGUUUGUCCUAACGAUCAGUGCAACUGAUUCCGGUGGUCGGUCAGACACUGCCACAAUCUACCUCAACGUGAGCGAUGCAAACACACAUCGUCCAAUUUUCGAGCGAACUCCGUACACCGCUACGGUACCAGAAGAUGUGCCGGUGGGAACGACUGUCCUUGUAGUUGAAGCACAUGACGGUGACGUUGGUCGGAAUGCACUCAUCACUUACACAAUGGAGGAAGACGUCCCGGAGUUUCGGAUUGACUCAACAACUGGUGCCAUCGUGACUGCAAAACCUCUUGACAGGGAAAAGACCAGUGGCUACACGUUGGUUGUCAUGGCUCAGGACAAUGGAAACCCACCACUGUCUGACACGACAAAUGUUGAACUGGAAGUUGCAGAUGUCAACGACAAUGCGCCCACGUUUCCCACAGCUGGCUACACUAGCACAGUCAGUGAAGACGCUCUCAUCGGAACGAGCGUUGUCCACAUCUCGGCUACAGACAGUGAUCUAGGCUUGAAUGGGCAGAUUCGUUACACUUUUCUGGGAGGGAACGAUGGAAGCGGUGCCUUUGGAGUCGAUCGAACAUCGGGUAUCAUUCGAACAAACAGGGUGCUUGAUCGUGAAACGUUGGCGGUGUAUCACCUUGUAGCCUUUGCCGUCGAUCGUGGGUCACCAUCCUUGUCGGCUUCCGUGCCCGUGACUGUGUACAUAGAAGAUGUCAACGACAGUCCUCCACGCUUUUCGGCUGACCGAAUCCGGCUGUUUGUUCCAGAAAACAGCCCAAUAGGCUCCAUUGCAGGCGAGAUAGAAGCACAUGACCCAGAUGAAGGGCCAAAUGCAGUCAUCCAGUAUGCCAUUGUCGGUGGCCCUGAUGCAGAUGCAUUUUCAUUGGUAGCCAGACCCGGAGAGCCAGCUGAGAUUGUUACCAGAACAGACCUUGAUUAUGAGUCUACCCACAAGAAGUAUACCCUGAUAGUGAGAGCAUCGUCUCCGCCACUCCGAAAUGAUGUUGAAGUCGAAGUGUGGGUCUCGGAUGUCAAUGACAAUGCUCCUGUUCUUAAGGACUUCAGCAUUGUGUUCAACAACUAUCAGCACCACUUUCCCGUGGGCCCCAUCGGACGUGUGCCAGCAUGGGACGCCGACGUCGCUGACCAACUGCGAUAUCGCUUCGUCUCUGGCAACAAUGCCAACCUUCUCAUGCUCAACGAAACAUCCGGGGACAUCCGGCUCAGCCCGAGCCUUAACUCUAACGUGCACAUCAAUGCCGACAUGGAAGUCAGCGUGUUUGAUGGCAUCAACGAGGUGUCGGCAAUGUGCCACCUCUCGGUGAGGCUCGUCUCGGAAGCCAUGUUGUUCAACAGCGUCACUGUGCGUCUGGGCGGAAUCACCAAGGAGCAGUUCCUCUCGCCUCUGUACGACCAGUUCGUCAGUGGCCUUGCAGCCAUCGUGCCUUGUGCCAAAGAGAAUGUCUUCAUAUUUAGUGUUCAGGACGAUACGGAUGUCGACACCACUGUCCUGAAUGUGAGCUUCUCGGCACUGAAGGGAUCCGAGGACGACUACUUUCAACCACAGUACCUUCAGGAAAGGGUCUACCUCAACAGAGCCAUACUCGCCAAACUCACUAACGUGCAUGUGCUGCCCUUUGACGACAACUUGUGUGUCCGUGAGCCGUGCAUCAACUUCGAAGAGUGUCUGUCUGUGCUCAAGUUUGGGAACGCGUCCUCGUUCAUCGCAUCAGACACAGUCCUUUUCCGGCCCAUCUAUCCUGUCAAUACGUUUGCCUGUCGAUGCCCUGUCGGCUUUACGGGUAUGAAAAGGAAGUAUGACUGCGACACUGAGAUCAACUUGUGCUAUUCAAAUCCUUGUGGCCAGAAUGGAACAUGCAUUCGACGGGAGUCUGGAUACACAUGCAUCUGUCAAGAAGGUUUUACAGGAACCAACUGUGAGAUCAACGUCAAGAAUUGUGGUCAAGAGUGCGCCAACUGUACCGAGGAUCCUCUGUGGACAGACGGCCAGUGCCAACUGAGGGCACGCAGCUUCAACCAUGGCUCCUACGUCACGUUCCCAUCUCUGAGACAGCGCCACCGCAUGCAUUUACGUCUCAGUUUUUCCACGCAAAAACGGAACGGGCUGCUCCUCUACAAUGGACGCUACAACGACAUGCACGACUUCAUUGCCUUGGAGGUUGUGCAGGGCAGCGUCGUGUUCUCGUUCUCAACUGGAGUCAACAUGAGUCAGGUGUCGGUCGCAGUGCCCACCGAGGUCAGCAACGGGCAGUGGCACCAGGUUGAAGUCAGCUAUUACAACCGAACUGUGACAUUAUCUGUGGACGGCUGCGAUUCCGUGCUGGCUACCCGCUUUCAAAACCGCCUGGGCAACUACAAUUGUGCCAACAGUACAACACACUAUUUAGAAGACAGGUGCGCUGAUGUGAUGCAGACCUGCUAUCGCUUCCUGGACCUUACCGGACCUUUACAGAUAGGCGGCCUGCCAGAUCUGCCAACGCACUUCCCUGUCUCUCAGAUGCACUUUGUGGGCUGCAUUCGUGACCUCUACAUUGACCAUCAACUUGUUGACCUCAACAAGUUUGUCGCCAACAACUCGACGACAGCCGGGUGUCACGAGAAACGCGGUUUCUGCCACACCAGGCCUUGUCAGAAUGGCGGCACGUGCUCGGAGGGUUGGAACACCUUUGUUUGCAGCUGUCCACUUGGAUUCGGUGGACGGGACUGCAGCGAAGGCGUGGAACCCGUGCGUCGAUUUGACGGCGACGGCUUCCUGGUUUUCAAUCCGCUGCUGCGCCCCAUCCAGUUUCCUUGGUCUCUGGGUCUCACGUUUCGCACGAGAGCCACCACGGGGCUUCUGAUCCACGUCCACGUGGGACAGAGCUCGGAGAUGUCCUUACACGUUGAAGGGGGCCACCUGAAGUACACAAUAGACGGCGAGAGCAUCUCUCUGGGGGAUAUUCGAGUCAACGAUGGCAGGUGGCACAACGUGGCGGUCAAGUGGAUGGUUGGCGACGUGUGGCUUAGCCUGGACUACGGCCAGUACGAGGUAUCCAAGGAGUUUGCUGCUGCAAUACAAGGCUUGUAUGUUGGCAAGGUGUCGCUCGGGGGCCUCGAGGAAGGUGGUGCCAACUUUUACGGCUGCAUUCAGGACGUACGCAUUGGAACGAGCAAGGAAGCGUGGCUGCGUCCCGUGAUGGAGCAAAAUGUUCGUGACGGCUGUCACGUGCCUGAUCCCUGCCUGUCCAGCCCUUGCCCUCAGCACAGCACGUGUGUCGACACCUGGGAGGAGUUCGAGUGCCGCUGUGACGCAGGUUAUGUCGGUGAGCAGUGCACAGCGUCCUGCAGCCUCGACCCCUGCGAAGCAGAUGCCAAGUGCCUCGUGUCCGAGAAGGACCCCGGCGGCUUCCGCUGCCAGUGUGGUGAAAACCGCUGGGGUCGCUACUGUGAGGAGGCCAGCACGCAGCCAUGCCCUUUCAACUGGUGGGGCUACCCAGUGUGCGGCCCCUGCCACUGCCCUGUUGACCGCGGCUACCAUGCUGACUGCAACAAGACCACGGGUGAAUGCUACUGCGAGGAGAACCACUACCAGCCAGAGGACAGCGACGUGUGCUAUCCGUGCGACUGCUAUGCCAACGGAUCCUACAGCAAUCGAUGCCACCCCGUCACGGGGCAGUGUCGGUGUCGACCGGGAGUCAUAGGCCGCCAGUGCGACGCCUGUUCCAAUCGCUUUGCUGAGGUCACACUUCGUGGUUGUGAAGUCAUAUAUGACGGCUGCCCAAGAUCGUUUGGUGAAAGGGUGUGGUGGGAACGAGCAUUGUUCAACCAGGAGGUGUCUCGGAGCUGCCCAAAGGGAUCUCAAGGCAAGGCAACUCGCCUCUGUGACCAGGAAAGCGGCUGGCUGGAGCCUGACACGUUCAACUGUGUCUCGGACGCAUUUGUGCCGCUUUCCGAGCAGCUGCGUGUCCUAGAACGAGACAAGCUCCCCCUCAACACCUACAGUGCUGUUCGAGUCGCCAAGCAGCUCAGGACCGCCACUAACGCAACCCACUCAAACCCCGUGGGCCUGUACGGAACGGACGUCCUGCUAGCAUCUCGGCUCCUGCAUCACGUGCUGUCCUACGAGAACCACCAGGCAGGGCUCAACCUCACUCAUCGGCAGGACCGCAGUUUCAUCAGGAAUCUGGUGAACGCGGCAAGCAUCAUCUUGGACACACGAUAUGCGGUGCACUGGGAGCGCGUGGCAUCACUCACGGGACAGGGGCCGGCGCACUUGCUGAAGAUGUUCGAAAAGUACGGCCACACUCUCGCGUCUAGCCGACAAGACACAUACACGGAGCCAUUUGAAAUUUCAACACCCAAUGUUGUGCUCGGAAUGGACACCGUAUCAUCGGCUGAAACGAAAGGCUCCUUCAUCGAGCAUGGAGCUCCAGAUGGACCUUCAGUCUGGCUGCCUAAAUACAACAACUAUGUCCUGCGAAAACCCAACCCUGAAAUCACAUCCAUCUCCCUGUCACUGGCAUCACUUGGCAUCGCUACAAAAUCAGAACCCCCUUUGCGAAGCUUCACGAAGAAGGCGGUGGUUGUUUACGCGGUCUACCCAAACUUGGACGGCCUCUUCCCGUCUUCUUUCGAUCAAACCAUAAGGCAAAAGUUUGGCGUCGAACUGGCGCUCGGAAGUCCUGUGACGACGCUGGUGGUUCAACCAGCGAAUGCGGGCACACCUGUCGGUCAGAUCAAGGUCCGUUUCCGCUUCCCGAGAAUUCGAUCUCGAGGUGAACACCCGCAGUGCGUCUUUUGGAUGUUUUCAUCCACUGGUCGCGGCAAGUGGUCGAGCCGAGGCUGCAAGGUUGAAGGAUUCGACACCGCCUACGUCAACUGCUCCUGUGACCACCUCAGCAGCUUUGCCGUUCUGACUGACAUUGUCAGUCGUGAGCACUUAGCCGAGGUUUCCACAGCGGAAGGAGCGGUUGCCUGGUCUGGCCUCGUCGGCGCGCUGGUCAUGCUUUUCCUGACGUGGCUCGUGUUGAGCCUUCUCCGCGGAACCUGCACAAACUCCAACUCGAUUCAUCGAAACCUCGUUGGCUGCCUUUUCGUCUCUCUGCUUCUCUUCCUGGUCGCCCUCAAGCUGCGUCGAACGCUCCUUUACCAAGAGUUCCCAUGCAAGCUGCUGGCCAUCUCUCUGCACUACGGCUUCUUGUGCGUUUUCGCCUGGCUCUCGCUGGAUGCGGUCCACCUGUACCGCAUGCUGACCGAGAUGAAGGACGUCAACCACGGGCACAUGCGCUUCUACUACUCCCUCGGCUACGGCGCACCUGCUGUGGUGGUUGGGCUGGCCGUUGGCGUGCGAGCUGACCACUAUGCUACCCACAACUUGUGAGUUUUCCUGGAACGCAAUUGCCUUAUGUCUGUCUUGCCACAAACUGAAGCAUCAGGCAACGCGACCCUCGUGAUCUUCUCUCUGUCGAUACGGGCGAGUGUCCAGAUCAAGGACACAGUGAUGGACUUUGGAAACCUGAGGGUGCUGUUGUGGGUCAGCGUACUGCUUCUGCCGCUGGUCGGCAGUUGCUGGACACUUGCCCUGCUGUCGGUCAGCGACGAGCCACCCGAACUGCGGCUCGCCUUUCCUGCUGUCUGUCUUAUCACUGGCAUCUACAUCUUCCUCGGCUACUGCAUUCUUAACCGAAGGGUUCGUCAGCAUCUGUGCUAUGUCUGGGCAAGGAUGAGAGGAAAGAAAAUUCCUUACGACGAAAGUCUCAGUGGAACCAGGGCAUCCAUGAUUUCGAGGUCGGCAUUAGCGUACCAUAACUCAUCAUUCGACAUACUUCACCGAAAUGUUGGCAUAUCCACAUCGUCUACAACAAGCCGCUCUACGGCUAAGACAUCAAGCAGCCCCUGGAACAGUAAUGGAAGGAUUCCGCAUCGCAGAAGCCACGUGCAUAAUGAUCCUGAUGCAGGCGAAGUGGUGCGAAAACGGCGCACAACGUCGGACUCGGACUCUGAAAUGUCCCUGGACCAUGCCUCCCUCGACCUCGCAUCGAGCCACUCCUCGGACGACGAAGAGUCGAAGCCAUCCUGGAGGGACACUUCUGGACUCCCAACCGUCCGUGAGGAAGAUGUGCCUCUCCCGGCAACGACGACCAUCUCGCCGCUGUCUGCAGCUCCAGUCACCGAUGUCAUGUCGCCGAUGGUCUACAACGGUGGUGGCCUGUGGGACUGCGGGUUACCUCAGCAGUUGGGGCAGCACACGCAGCAACAAUCACUGACUUCCCCGCAGCAAGGAUUGCUCGCAUCCAUUCCCGCCCUGGGCUCGUUGACGACGUCCCACAGCUACGGCACCACAGCCGGCAUAACCUCAAUAUACAGCCAGUCGCCACUGUCACCACCGACGCUGUCGUCAUCGCAGGGCUUGGUUUCUCCUUCGUCAAACGUCCAGUGGGCCGACGAGGACGGUGAAUUUAGGAACAACCUUGACCAGCCGACGCCCAAGGGCAAGGACGGCCUGUGCCACAAGCCAAACAUGCCUCCGCUGGCCGCGUCCGAUUCUGAGGACAGCAAUGAAACGUCGGUGUAGAAAGAUCUCAGGGCAACAUCCGUUUCACAUGCCUCCCUCUUCUUCGAAGCUGCCAGCGCAAGCCAACUCUGUACAUAAAAGAAUGCAACGAGGGGAAAGGAGCGCGUAUCGAGGCAGCGACAGACAACCAAAAGGUCAGGUCAAUGACCACGAGGUCAGCGACCCUCCCGAAGGGAAGACUGAAACAUUUACAUUCCAUCCACUUUGGGACCAAUCAAUCAUCAUCGCUUUCACACAAUAUACACAUGCAUUGUACACACACACAAAACAAGAAGGGCCCUAUACAAUGCCCAGAAACAAAAAAAAGAAGCCAAUAAAGACCAAAUCGUAGUACUAGCAGCACUGUAUGAA